GAGGUCGAAUGCCACUGCCCGCCUGCCGCAAUCAAGCUCCCACCUCAACGUGCUUCCGGCUUGUUGCCUGUUACACACAGCACCAUCCAAUGCGACGGACACUGCUACUUUCCUUCGAUUGUAUCUGAUACAGCUAUCCGAUCCUCUCACAACAUCUAUCACGACCAAUUCUCUAAAAAGGAUUACGAUAUUGCAUCCAAACUUUCGCGUAUACCCCAAGCCACCUUAUACUAGCUCGGCGAGAGCACCCGUUUGACCAAGAUGGAGCUGCCACCGAACCCCGGCCUUGUGGACGUCCAACGCGAUGCCCUUUACGCCUACGACGCAGAUGCUCACAAAGCCGUUGUAAACUCGCGACCAUGGACUACCGAUUACAAAUACUUCAAAACCGUCCGCAUCUCCUCCGUUGCCAUGAUCAAGAUGGUCAUGCACGCCCGCUCCGGCGGCAAUCUUGAGGUCAUGGGCAUGAUGCAGGGCUACAUUGAGGGCAGCACCAUGGUGAUUACCGACGCCUAUCGUUUACCCGUGGAGGGAACAGAAACCCGCGUCAACGCCCAGGACGAAGCGAACGAGUACAUGGUCGAAUACCUCCGUCUCUGCCGUGAGGAGAACCGCCUCGAGAAUGUCAUCGGCUGGUACCACUCACACCCCGGCUACGGCUGCUGGCUGAGUGGUAUCGACGUCGGCACCCAGUCCCUGCAGCAGCAGUUCAACGAGCCGUUCGUGGCGGUGGUGAUUGACCCGGACAGGACGGUGAGCCAGAACAAGGUUGAGAUUGGCGCGUUUAGGACGAUUCCAGAAGGAGUCAAGCCUCCCGCGGCGACAAACGCGACGACGGGUGAUGGACAGAGCGUCCCUCUGAACAAGGUGGAGGACUUUGGCGCGCACAGUCAUCGGUAUUACGCGCUCGAUGUUGAACACUUCAAGAGCACACUCGAUAGCAAGCUGUUGGAGACGUUGUGGAAUAAGUACUGGGUGCAAACGCUUGCCCAGAACCCGCUGCUUACCAACAGGGACUACACGAGCAGCCAAUUGGUGGAUUUGGGAUCCCGUAUUUCGAAGGCAUCGAAAACGCUGGAGACGCUCUCAACGACUGGGCAAAGGGGGCCUAAGAGUGAUGCGGUCGAUCAGAACAUUGAAAAAUUGCUCGGCGAGGUGAAGCAGAUUGCUGCGAAAGAGAGGUCUGGACUGAUGGCUGCGGAGGUCAAAGGCAAGGUGUUUGGCUGUGGCUGCCGUGGGAAAGCGCAGGGUGCUCAGCCUGAAAACCCAUGAUAUCCUUUCAGGUUAAAGUGAGGGCAAAGGUGAACAUCGUUGCGGGAGCAUCUGGGACGGAAAGGAAAAGCAAUAGCGCCAACAUGGGUAGCACGAAGAGAUAUCCACAUGUUAAAGAGUCCCAGGGAGUGUUGAGGGAGGCAUAUGAGAGUCGCUAGGGGCAACAGGACCGAAUGUACGAACUGGA